AUGUCCAAUUCAUCAAAUCGAUCACCUUAUCAUGUUUCAUUUAGUGUUAAUCAACAGCAACAAAAAAAUAGUGUAAAUGUUGAUGAUCCAUCUACUAGUUCAGGACAAGGUUCAUUAUUAUCUAGUGAAAAGAGUGGACGUUUUGUUGUUGUUAAACAACCUGAUGCACCUGAUGUUAAUGAGAAUGAAAAAGUGAUUAAUCCAAAUGUAACGACACAACAUGAAAAAACACCAUUACACACAGAACCUGAUGUUUCAAUUAAAUUUAAUGAGAGUAUUUUUGAAGAACAAGAUCAUGGACCACGUACGGUACUUGAUCAAUUAUAUAGUUACACUGGUGGUAUUGUACCAAAUGCAGUUGAAGCGGAAAAACAAACAGCAGUCCGACAGAAUUCAGCAAAUCUUGGUACAAUCUUUGGUGUUUAUCUUCCUUGUGUUCAAAAUAUAAUAGGUGUUAUUGUCUUUAUUCGCCUAUUUUGGUUAAUUGGUAUCGCUGGUGUACUUCAAACACUUUUGAUUGUGAUUAUUUGUAGUUCAUGCACACUUUUAACAGCUAUAUCAAUGGCGGCGAUUGCAACGAACGGGAUUGUACCAGCUGGUGGUGCUUAUUUUAUGAUAUCUCGUUCACUUGGACCAGAAUUUGGUGGUGCAGUUGGCAUAUUAUUUUAUCUUGGUAAUACAUUUGCUGCAUCUAUGUAUAUUGUUGGAGCUGUUGAAAUUGUAGUCAAAUAUAUGUGUCCAGAAAAAUGUCGUCUAUUUGGUGAUGAUGUUGAAAUACCAUUUGUAGCUUUUAAUCAUUAUCGUAUAUACGGUACAUUAUUACUUCUAAUUAUUGGAGCGUGUGUUUUAAUUGGUAUAAAAUUUGUAACAAAAAUAGCACCAUUAUCAUUGUUGGCUGUACUUAUUUCGCUUCUAUGCAUUUAUGCUGGUGUUAUUAAAAGUUCAUUUAGUCCACCAGACUUACCUAUUUGUCUGAUCGGUUCGAAUCCAUCACAUUUAAUUAAAUCAUCUGUACUUCAUAACGAUGUAAAAACUUAUUGCCAUGGAAAUAAAUGGUGUUACGAAGGUAAUAAAACAGUAUUAUGUCCACUUUAUGCAUCUAUAUGUAAUAAAUCAACAAAUACAUUAUGUCCAAAUAAUGAAUAUAUUGAAAAUGUACGAACUGAACAAGGAAUACCUGGUCUUAAACAUUGGCAAUUGUCAGAAAAUCUUGUCUCGCAUUUUCGACAUGUAGGUGAAAUUGAACGUGAUAUUAAAGGUGAUUCAACAUUUGAAGUUGUCGCACAAGAAAUAACAACAUUUUUAAUUCUUGUUGGCAUUUAUUUUCCAUCUGUUACUGGUAUUAUGGCUGGUUCAAAUCGUAGUGGUGAUUUACGUGAUCCAAGUCGAAGUAUUCCACGUGGAACAAUUGCUGCUAUAUUAACAACAUCAACCAUUUGUACACAAUUUGUAUCAAUUCAAAUAACUUUUUUUAUUGAAAUUCUUUAUUUUCUAGAUUUAUCAAAUGUUAUAUUUUUGGGUGCAUGUACACAUAGUUCAUUAUUAAGAGAUAAAUUUGGAGAUAGUAUUAAUAAACAAUUAGUCGUCGCUGCUUUAGCAUGGCCAAGUAAAUGGGUUAUUAUGAUUGGAGCAUUUUGCUCGACUGUUGGAGCUGGUUUACAAACUUUAACAGGUGCACCACGUUUGUUACAAGCUGUUGCUAAAGAUGAUUUAGUACCAAUUCUUGGUCCAUUGGCAAAAUCUUAUCGUGGUGAGCCAGUACCAGCUCUUUUUCUAACAUUAUUAAUUUGUGAAUGUGGUAUUCUUAUUGCUGAUCUUGACAAACUUACAGCACUUUUAUCAAUGUUCUUUUUAUUAUGUUAUGGUUUCGUGAAUUUAGCUUGUGCUUUACAAACUAUUUUACGUGCACCUAGUUGGCGACCACGUUUUCGUUUUUAUCAUUGGAUUUUAUCUCUUAUGGGUGUUCUUCUUUCUAUUUCAAUUAUGUUUAUGGCUUCAUGGUAUUUUGCUCUUAUAGCAAUGAUUAUUGCAAUAGUAAUAUACAAAUUUAUCGAAUAUAAAGGAGCUGAAAAAGAAUGGGGUGAUGGUAUACGUGGUUUAUCAAUGUCAGCAGCUCGUUAUGCAUUAUAUCGUGUUGAUGAAGCUCCCCCUCAUACAAAAAAUUGGCGACCACAAUUACUUGCAUUUAUUAAUGUACAACGAAAUGAAGAAGAUGAAUCCUAUGUAUUACGUCAUCCAAGAUUAUUGAAUUUUCUCUAUCAACUUAAAGCUGGACAAGGUUUUGUUGUUGCAGCAAGCAUUCUCGAAGGCGAUUAUCUUGAUAAAUAUCAACAUAUUGAACCAGUUCGUUUAUUAUUAAAAACUAGUUUAGCUCAAGCAAAAGUUCAAGGUUUUGCUGAAGUACUUGUUGCUAAAGAUGCUGAAGAUGGUAUCAGUGCACUUAUUCAAACUGAAGGUUUAGGUGGUUUAAAACCAAAUACAAUCGUUCUUUGUUGGCCAUUACAUUGGAAGAAAGAUUAUGACUGUUAUACAGCUGAUGCAUUUAUUCGUACUAUUGCUGUUGCUGAAGCACGUCGAUGUGCUGUUAUUGUACCAAAAAAUAUGAAUAGUUUUCCAGACAAUAAAGAAAUUCAAGAGGGUACAAUUGAUAUAUGGUGGAUUAUUCAUGAUGGUGGACUUCUUUUUCUUAUUGCUUUUCUUUUAAAACGUAAUAAAGUAUGGUCACGUUGUCGUUUACGAUUAUUUACUGUUGCACAACUCGAAGAUAAUUCAGUUGAAAUGAAAAGAGAUCUUGAACAAUAUAUGUAUCAAUUACGUAUUGAAGCUGAAGUUGAUGUUGUUGAAAUGGAAAAUCAAGAAAUAUCAGCUUAUGCUUAUGAACGAACAUUAAAAUUGGCUGAACGUGUUAAACUUUUAAAAGAUCUAAAAUUACCUGAUAAAGAAUUACAACUUCAGCCACAAAUUUUAAUGGAAUCACUGUUAAAUAAUCAACGACAACAAAGUAUUGAUGAAUCAAAUGAUCAAUAUCAUUACACAUUCACACCAAAUCAACUUGAAAAUUUAAAAAAAUCUGUGAGUGAAUCAUCAAUGCGUAAAAUGCAUUCAGCUGUACGACUUAAUCAACAAAUUCGUGAUCGUUCACGUGAUGCUAAACUUGUUCUUAUUAAUCUUCCAUCACCACCAUCAAAACAUACAAGUUUAGCUGCUUAUUCAUAUAUGGAAUAUGUUGAUGCAUUAACAGAAGGUUUAGAUCGUUUAUUAUUAAUGCGUGGUAGUGGACGUGAAGUAAUAACAAUUUUUUCUUAA